UGUUCCAACACAAGCUCUUUAAUUGGCUUCUGAGUAAUACACCUCCUGCUAAAGGAACCAGUUGUCUUUUAUACUUAAUGAGAGACUUUUCAAGAGCUUUAGAAGCGAAGAAAUUGUAGUAUCCACCAGCUGGAUGUUUACUCGUGUGAGAAGUAAAGCAGUUGUCCUGACCACAGGCACAGUUGAUAUUUUUCUGUUUGGGCACUAAGUGGUUCUGAGACCAGGCCUCACCUGUGUACCAAUGAGAGCUGCUUGCAAGUUGAGAUGCUGUUCUGGAAAAUGCAAAUGACCCACACCCUUUGAUAAGCCCAAAAGGACCAUGGGAUCAAUUAACAUAGGAAAGGCUGCCACAUUGAAUGAAUUGCUACAUGCCAGCAUCGAUACUAUCGCGAUGGAGUUAAGCUGCGAUAUCUUUCACAAACAGCCUUAUACUCUGCUGCAUCUGUUUCAGAAUUUACUCCAGCUCCAGAAUUUCAAUACGCUGAUGGCUGUCGUAGGAGGCUUAAGCCACAGUGCCAUAUCCCGCCUGAAGGAAACUUGCUCACACCUUGCUCCGGAAGUUACAAAGGUCUGGAAUGAAAUGACCGAACUAGUCUCCUCAAAUGGGAAUUACUGCAACUAUCGGAAGGCCUUUGCUGAAUGUGAGGGCUUCAAGAUUCCGAUCUUGGGAGUUCACUUGAAAGACCUGAUUGCCGUCCAUGUAGCUUUCUCGGACUGGAUAGAUGAUAAUAAAGUGAACAUUGUUAAAAUGCAGCAGUUGUAUGUUACAUUUAAUGAACUGGUUUCACUUCAGGAUGCAAAUCCGCAUUUAGAACCAAAUAUGGAUUUAAUACACCUGUUGACGCUUUCCCUGGAUUUAUACUACACAGAGGAUGAAAUCUAUGAAUUAUCGCUACUUCGAGAACCUAGGAAUCCUAAAUCGACGCCUAGCACCCCAACCACUCCGAACAAACAUGUGGCACUUGUAGACUGGGCACCUGGGCUGACACCAAAGCCAGAUCCCACUGUCAUCAAUAAGCACAUCCGCAAGAUGGUUGAUUCUGACAGGAAGGGUGUUAUGAAUAGCACAUCCUGUUUGUGCUGCAGCAGGCCCCUGUGCCUUCCUCUUUCAUUACCUCACCUUCCUUCCAAUUUCCUUCCCAAAUCACUAACAUUCUUUUUGUUCUCUUUGCAGCUUUGGGGUCUAAUCAAACAGGGAUACAAGUGUAAAGACUGUGGUGUGAAUUGUCAUAAGCAAUGCAAGGACCUGUUAGUGUUAGCAUGCCAGAAGCUGCCCAAGAGUUCCUCUUUGGAACGUACUUCACCACCUCCACACUCACAUGGCUCUCUGCCCAGCAGCCCAGCAACACACUCCUGUGGAAAUGUUCAAGAUGGAGCAGUGUUCAAUUUCCCCCAGAGUAGCAGAAACCAGGCUGUCGACGGCAGGUCAAUCACACUAAUGACUGGCUCAGCUCAGAAGAUUUCUGUACGUUUACAGAGAGCUACGGCCAGUCAGGCCACACAGACAGAGCCCCUGUGGCACGAGAGUGGGUGGGCUACUGGUGACUCAGGCUCACAUACCUUCCCAAAAAUGAAGUCAAAGUUCCAAGGGAAAGAGGGAAAGGACAGGGGCUUUGCCAAGUGGGAAAAUGAGAAACCCAGCACAUGUGCCAAAACAGAAGAGGAACAUGAGCUACUACAGAAUGGGAUAGAGACAGAGGAAGAGCAGUGAAAGUGCAUUACUCAAGGUAAAACAUUGAGAACUCUCAGUACAGCCCAAAGUGCCAUCAGAGUGAAUAACUGGCCAGCGCUACUAAGUUUAUGAAGUUACAGUUAUCAUAGUUUAUUUAACCAUUGUGUAACUGCUUUGUGUACUUGUCUUUGUCAUUUUUCAUAAAGUACAUCAUUUCCAAGCCUCUUUCUUGCAAGUAUCAUUAAAAUGAUAAACAUUUGUAUAAAAUGCCAUACCUAUUGCUGCUUCACUUGCCUGUGCCCAUUACACCUCAACUCCAUCACAGCUGCGACAUCAUCCUGGCAGCUUAUCAGAUUUCAUGCACAAAUUCCAUAGUCCUGGAACAGCAAACAACCACAGUUCAACGUGUUGGAAAAGUGCAAAUAUUGUGGUGGGCACCUACAACUUCAACAAGAAACCCACAAGCAACUCAGCAAACAUCAGCAAUCAAAACAACUUGAACCUGGAAAAUGAUUCCAAAUUAAUUAGAAAAUUCCUGUGGCUGCUAAUGUUUUCUAUUUGGGUUUUCCCAUUGAAAGUAACUGGAAGUUAAUUGUGCAAAACUUGAAGCACAGCUUCAUUUUUUUUUGCUGAGAUUAAUACUUACAGCACAUUACAUGUGUAACAAAUAAAACUUUAACCACAUUACA